AUGGCUUAUUAUCCAACAUCAUUUCAUCCAUUCCUUGCCGCUACAAUCAUUUAUAUUUUUUUUCUUGUUUUAUAUUGCCCACCCAUUGAAGCCAACAGUGAUGUGGGAUUCAGCGUUAACCUCAUUCGAAAAACCUCUCCCCGUCUCUUCCCUCAGCGUCUAAGAGGUUUAUCAGCCAUGUCAGAAACUCCACAAUCCCCAAUAAUUGCUGACCUUGGUGAGUAUCUCAUGGAGCUCUCUAUUGGAACUCCACCAUUCAAAAUCUACGGUAUUGCAGACACGGGCAGUGAUCUCAUAUGGACCCAAUGUGUCCCAUGCAACAAUUGUUACAAGCAACUUAACCCCAUGUUUAAUCCUCAAAAAUCCUCCUCGUACAGCAACAUAUCAUGCGACUCAAACCUGUGUCAUGAACUUGACACAGGCGUGUGUUCUCCUCAGAAGCAAUGCAACUACACUUAUGGCUACGCAUCUGAUUCCACAACACAAGGCGUUUUGGCACAGGAAACUGUCACACUCACCUCAACCACAGGGAAAAGUGUUGCCCUUAAAGGCAUUGUGUUUGGUUGUGGACACAACAACACGGGUGGUUUCAAUGACCAUGAGAUGGGUAUCAUAGGCCUAGGAGGAGGACCAGUAUCACUCAUAUCUCAAAUGGGUUCUUCCUUUGGAGGCAAAAGGUUUUCACAAUGCUUGGUCCCUUUCCACACUGAUGUGAGUGUUUCCAGCAAAAUAAGUUUUGGCAAAGGGAGUGAAGUGUCAGGGGAAGGAGUGGUUUCUACACCAAUGGUUGCAACGCAAGAUAAGACCCUUUAUUUUGUGACCCUACUAGGCAUCAGUGUGGGAAACACGUAUCUGCAUUAUAAUGGUUCUUCAGAAAUUGUUGAGAAAGGUAACAUGAUCCUUGAUUCAGGAACACCUCCAACUAUGUUACCAACACAGUUGUAUGAUCGAGUGGUUGCUCAAGUGAGGAACCAGGUUGCCAUGACACCUAUUGUGGAUGACCCUGAAUUGGGUUCCCAACUUUGCUAUCGAACAAAGAAAAAUCUUGGUGGCCCUGUGUUAACUGCACAUUUUGAAGGUGGAGAUGUAGCAUUGGAGCCACUUCAAACCUUCAUUCCACCAAAAGAUGGUGUUUUCUGCUUCGCUUUCACCAACACUAGCGAUGAUAGGGGGAUUUAUGGUAACUUCGCACAAUCAAAUUACUUGAUUGGGUUCGAUCUUGAAGCACAAGUGGUCUCUUUCAAGCCAAAAGAUUGUACCAAAAACACAUAG